AUGCAUUCAGUCUGCGUCGCGUUCGUGUUGAUAGUGACCAUUCUUGCAACCUGCCAUGGACUCCCAAGCGCCGAAGCCGCUGUCAAGACAACGGGCCAAAUGUCCAAUACAGACCCCAAACUCCCCAGUGGCGGCGUCCCCGCUCGCUUCCUAAGAGGAGGCCACGACGACGACAAGGACGAAGAGAGAGCCAUCAGCAGCAAAAUUGCGUCCAUUUUCAAGAAGAAGCCGUCCAUCUUGACCACCCUCCAAAGACACCCCACCAUCAAAAAUGCUGAUACUAACGCAAUCGUCAAGAGCCUCGAGAGGAAUCCGACCAUCAAAAGCCUGGCGAACAACCCAAGCAAGAAAAUCAAGCUCACGCAGGAAAACAUCAAGAAGGUUGACACGGUGUUGACCACGUCUGGAAUAGCAAACGAAAUCAAGACAAACGGCAUGUUACUUAUCAUGAUGCUCAGCUCCAUGUCGGUCAUGGGGCUAACCGUCUAUGGCUUAAUGGCUAUCGUUCUAGGGUAA